AUGGCCUCCGACAACGCCGGGUUGCACUUCGCGUCACCCAGUGCCCAGCCGCUCUUGCACAACCACCUCACAUCUGACUUUGACAUCUCGCGGGCAAAAGACCCUUCGCCGAAAGACUUCUCCGCCGUGACAGAACGGGCCUUGGAGGAUGGCGACACUUCUGAUUUGGACAGCGACGCCUCGUUAGCAUUCCACCCCACCUUCUGGGGCCGUUGUCUGAUGGCGGUACGCAGGAGGCGGCCGUCUCUUCCACAUGCAGGUUUUGAAGCUGCCCAUCUACCAGCCUUUGAGAAGAGGAGGAGAGUAAGAAAGUACGUGUGGAGGAAGAGACAUGGCGCAUGGGCAUGUCUAGGAGCAGUGGGCUUCGUCGUCUUCUUCUUUGGCUGCGUUCACGUUGUCAACGUCUUCCUCGGCUAUCUCCCCCCGCUCCACGAUGACCCUGCUGCCGUUGUCCUGGACUGGAACCGCCCCGAUCAAGCCAACACAGACAUGACCUCGUAUCUGCUUGACAUCACCAAAGACGUAACCCCUAUCCCUUGCCACUCCCACAACGACUACUGGCGUCGUGUGCCCCUCUACGAUGCUCUCCGCUGGGGCUGUUCUGGCGUGGAAGCCGACGUAUGGCUCUUCAACGAAGAUCUCUUUGUCGGUCAUAGCACCCAUGCACUCACCCAGGACCGUACCUUCCGCUCCAUGUACGUGGACCCACUCGUCAAGAUGCUUGACCACAAGAACGACAACACCACCCUGCUCUCCGCCGUGGACGUCAACGCAACCGCCAAAGUCGGCGUAUUCGACACAGCACCAGCACACACCCUCGUGCUCCUUGUCGACUUCAAAAACGACGGCUCGCAAAUCUUCCCCUAUGUAUCUAGCCAACUCUCCGCUUUGCGAGAAAAGGGCUACCUGACCUACUACGACGGCGAGAAGACGGUCCAGGGCCCUAUCACCGUCGUCGCAACCGGCAACGCGCCCUUCGACAUGGUAGCGGCCAACACGACCUACCGCGACAUCUUCUUCGACGCGCCGCUCGACCGGCUGUACGUCGAGCCGCAAGGCGAAGAAGGCCAGGACCAGACGCAGUACGACGACCCGGCCGCCGCCAGCGCCGCACCCGUAAGCACCAGCGGCCAAGGUACCGUAGGCACAACGCCCAGCUCGCACUUUGACAGCAGCAACUCAUUCUACGCCUCGACCAACUUCAAAAAGAGCGUCGGCCACAUCUGGUUCGGCCGGCUGACGCCCAAGCAGCGCCACAUCAUCCGCGGCCAGGUCCAGGGCGCCCACGACCGCGGCCUCAAGGUCCGCUACUGGGACGCUCCCAAGUGGCCCAUUGCCCUGCGCAACCGCGUCUGGUGGGACCUGGUCGAUCUGGGCGUCGACUACAUCAACGGCGACGAUCUCGUCGGUAUGACCAGGUUCGACUGGAGCGUUCAUCGCCACUGGAGUUGGUUGGAGUAG